AUGCCUUCAGCUCUUGGAAAAAUCUUUGGACGCCGCGGAUCUAACGCUUCGAAUACAUCGGUUAACUCGGUAGACUCAGAUGAAUCAUUUCAAUGCCGUGGAAUUCCAGAUGACUUUUACGAUCCCAUGUUUGAUUCAGAAGAAGAGAUAGCUAGAAGAGCCCGUCGUGAAGAGCUAAGCCGAAGAGCUAUUUAUACUGGUUAUGAACACGUUAGUAGAAAUGUUUUACCUCCCCCUCCUAAUUAUUACGUUCUUCCUCCUCCAUUACCAAAGAAAGUCGAGAUCCCAGAAGAAAUGGAAAUACUAAACUCUGAAGACGAACGAUUACCACACUCGGCCCCGGCUCAAACUAGGAGACGCGCUCACACAGUCGGAGAGGAAUCACCAUCGAAGUCAAAAAGUGCCCCAGCUCGUCGAGUUAAGUUUAGCGAUACUGUGGAAUUUUCAACUGAUACCCCAAGGUCCAUCUCUCCCCCAGACGAAGACAAUACCCAAAGUGCACCGGCUCACCAAACCCAAUUCGAAGGAUCAAAUGCUGAAAACAAUAACCAAGAUGAAGGACACGGUUCCGGAAAUGCUGUAAGCGCCCCAGCCCAUGUUACCCAAUUCGACGACUUGACUGAUUCUGACGACCCCGACUCACAAGGUAGUUCAUCAAAACCUGCAAGUCUUAGAAAAAAGCUAGCACACCGACACGUUCGUUUUCAUGCAGGAUUUGAUUCCAGAUUGGCAGGUAACUUUCCUCAAUUCCCUAUUGAUAAAAACGAAGAGGUAGAGACGAUCAGCGAAAGGGCAUUAUCAACUUCUCGAUCUGAGAGCUCUUUACGUGAAGGUAGAUUUAUGUUUCAAAAACCAAGAUUCUUAGAAAUGGCAAAAAUGAAGAAAAAAUAA